GGAAAAAUCAGAACACAACAAUCAUUCCAGCAGUUCAGACACAGCUAACACACAAAACAAAUAUUUUAAGCAAUUUUAUUCCUAAAAUUUUUUCCAAUUUUCGUUUUGUUACAAAAAGUUAAAAAAAAACACAAAAAAUGGGUCUGGCUAAUAAAACCAUUAUUUUCGUUGCCGGUUUGGGUUGCAUUGGUAAGGACACCUGCAAGGCGCUUCUGAAGAGGAAUGUCAAGAAUCUGGUGAUCCUGGAUCGUCUGGACAAGCCUGAAAUCCUGUCUGAGAUCAAGAAGGUCAACCCCAAAUCGAAUGUAACGUUCCAGCCUUAUGAUGUCAUGGCCCCCUUGUCGGAGAGCUGUAAACAACUUGCGAAGAUUUUUGCUGAAUACAAGAAAGUCGAUGUCCUGGUGAACGGUGCUGGUAUCCUGGAUGAUCACGAAAUCGAGAAGACCAUUGCCAUCAACUUCACCGGUCUGGUCAACACAACCACGGCCAUAAUGAACUUCUGGGAUAUCCGUAAUGGCGGUCCAGGUGGCACUGUAUGCAACAUUGGAUCUGUGACCGGAUUCAAUGCUAUCUACCAGGUGCCCGUGUAUUCUGCAUCAAAGGCUGCUGUGGUUAGCUUUACCCAAUCACUUGCAAAACUUUCCAAAAUCACUGGUGUAAAGGCUUACACCGUGAAUCCUGGCAUCACCGCAACUUCUUUGGUGCAAAGCUUCAACUCUUGGCUGGAUGUGGAACCGUGUGUGGCCCAGAAAUUGCUGGAGCACCCCACACAAACUACUGAGCAGUGUGCCGAGAGCUUUGCCAAGGCUAUUGAAUGCGAUGAAAAUGGAGCCCUCUGGAAAAUGGAUUUAGGCACUCUGGAACCCGUCAAAUGGACCAUUCACUGGGACUCUCACAUCUAAAUUGUUCUGGGAUGAUUGGUAGAGAGACGAAUACACAAAUAAUAGUUCCGGUUUAGAUAAAGACUCUGCGAAACAAUCGCAGGAUAAUUCAAGACACGUACAAAUAUGCACACGAAAGACGAAAUAUUUAUAUACUUAGGCGAUAAGAAGAAUAAAAUGUCAUAGCUGAUGAAAAAAAAGA